AUGAGUGAGGGGGCUGCCGCCUGCGCCCCCGAGGACGGGGGCUCCGGGGGCUCCGGGGGAGCCGGGGGCUCAGGGGGAGCCGGGGGUCCCGGGGGAGCCGGGGGUCCCGGGGAGCCGGCGGCCGGGGCAGAGCCCCCUCGGCAGGAGGUGCCCUGCUGCUGCGGCGGGGGGCUGGUGUGGCCCCGGCAGCAGAGCUGGCUGUGCGCGCUGCCCCUGCUGAUGGGCGCCGUGGGCCUGGGGCUCAGCCUCAUGCUGCUCCAGUGGAUCGUGGCCGGCUCCGCCCCGGACUUCGUGCCCACCGACCUCCGCGGCUCCAAGGGCCUGGGCCAGGACCCCUUCUUCCUCUCCAAGCCCAGCGCCUUCCCCAAGGCCAUGGAGACCUCCACGGCCGUCACGGCCCCCGCCGCCGCCGCCUCCGCCGCCACCGCCACGGCCGCCUCCUCCAGGACGCCCAACCGGAUCAGCACCCGCCUCAGCCCCGCCACGCGGGCGCCCACCCGCUUCCCCGGGCACCGCGUGCCCAUCCGGGCCGGGCCCCGCUCCACCCCGGCCAGGCACCCGGGCGCGCCCCCGACGGCGCCCUCGGCCACCAGCCCGUCCGGGGCCGCCGGGCCCCAGGGCUCCCGUCCCCCCCGGCCUGCCCCCCCGGGCACCCAGCCGAUGCCCAGCUGGCCCACUGCGGCAUACGCUACCUCCUCCUACCUCCACGACUCCACUCCCGCCUGGACCCUGGCCCCCUCCCAGGAUACCCCCACCGCCUCCUCUUCCUCCUCCUCCUCCUCCUCCUCCUCGCCCUCCACUACUUCCACCGCCUCACCGGAGACCAGCACCAGACCCAAAUUCCAGACGACUACAUAUUCCACCGAGCGUUCAGAGCACUUUAAGCCGUGCAAAGACAAGGAUCUUGCAUACUGUUUGAACGACGGAGAAUGCUUUGUGAUCGAGACCUUGACUGGAUCCCACAAACACUGCCGAUGCAAAGAAGGCUACCAAGGAGUUCGCUGUGACCAGUUUUUGCCGAAAACAGAUUCAAUCUUAUCGGAUCCAACUGACCAUCUGGGGAUUGAAUUUAUGGAGAGUGAAGAAGUUUACCAGCGGCAGGUGCUCUCGAUUUCCUGUAUCAUCUUUGGAAUUAUCCUGGUGGGCGUGUUCUGUGCAGCAUUCUACUUCAAAAGCAAGAAACAGACUAAAGAAAUCCAGGGGCAGUUGAAAGAAACGCAGGACCCCAAAAAUUACAGCCUCAAUGCCUCCACUGUGAUUGGCAAACGGGAGAGCACAGUUCAAAGCCAGAUCCAGCUGCAAAAUUAUUCAAAAACAGAAAGGCAUCCUGGUCAUUCAAUGGAUAAAAUGAUGGAAUCGAGUUUUGCAGAUUCUCAGUCUUUCCCAGAAGUCUCUUCUCCUGACAGAGGGAAUCAAUCCAUCAAGCCACACAGGAGUCUGUCCUCCUGCUGCAGUCCAGGGCAAAGGAGUGGAAUGCUACACAGGAAUGGCUUCCGAAGGACCCCACCUUUGCCCCGAGGAAGGCUCAGUGGAAUUGGGGGGCCAGCAUAUCAACAGCUGGAAGAGUCAAGGAUCACAGAGCAGGACACAAUACCUUGCCAAGGGUAUUCGUGCAGCGGUUUAAAAAAUCCACAAAAAGCAUUGAUAAAUAUGCAACUGCCUUCAAGAGAGACAAAACCCCAUCUUACUAACUUGGAACAGAAGGACCUGGUGGCAUAUUCUUCCACGAGGGCCAGCUCCGUCCCCAUCAUCCCUUCUAUGAGCCUGGAUGAAAGUUGCAUACAAAUGCAAAGUGUUCCGGAAGGACCAGGCCUCAAGUGGUGCAAAAACUCCUAUUCUGCUGAACUCGUCCACGUGAGCCUCCCGGGCAGCAGUUGUCUUCUAGUCGAACCCCAGGAAGUGAAAAUUUUGUUAGAAACUGUCCAGGAGCAGAUUCGAAUUCUGACUGGCGGGAGGAGGUCAGAGGACUAUGAACUGGCUAGUGUAGAGACAGAGGAUGGUGCCAGUGAAAAUACCGCCUUUCUACCCAUGAGCCCUGCAGCAAAAUCAGAACGAGAGGCACAGUUUGUCUUACGAAAUGAAACGCAAAGAGACUCGGCGUUGACCAAGUGACUUGGGAAUACGGAUCUGUGCGUGUUGGAUGCUUGGUGAAACAGGAAGGAGAGGAAAUUCAAUACAAAUUAUUUAUAUGCAUUAAUUUAAGAGCAUCUACUUAGAAGAAACCAAAUAGUCUCUCACCCUCAUAUCAUAGUGUUUUUAAAAGAAAUAUUUUUUUAAAAGGAAAGAACAGUUCCAGGAAGGAUAGGGCUUACAUCAAGAGCUUCUGUGUAGGAUUCUGGAUACGAUUCCAGUUAAUCAUGGGACUGUCCUGUUGGUGUCAAGCAGUUUGGGCUAUGCAUCACCUAGUCCCAAAGGCUAGAACAGACCCCCUAGGUUCCUAUGGGGAGCCAAGUCGACUAAAGCUGAAAAAACCUGCUGUUGCGCAGAUCUCAGCUUCGUGGCUGAGGUAAGCCCAGCCCCAACUCCUGUUAACUCAGUAGCCAAAUCCCAGAGCCCUUACAGUCAUCGAGAAGUGCUGGUCCCUGCCCGAGUUUAGGAGAAGAUCUCUACGCCCUGAAACUUUGAAACUCUGCGUGAGUAAGAGAUGCAGUGACCCCAUUUUUUUGCAUUCUGUAAUGUCCCUUUACCCAUCACAGAAGGAAGUUAGAGCUUUAGAAAAGGAGGUAGAGCAGCAGAAGCUCGGUUUGGGAUUGUGGAAUCCAGGAACAUGAUACUUGGUCACCAAAAUCACAGAUUUUCAAAAUGUCAUCCUUUUUAGGUGUUUGUGAGCUCCAAAAGAGGACUUCUAAGUCUGUGUGUGUGCUUGGAUGUGUGUGUGUGUGUGUGUGUGUGUGUGUGUGUGUGCUUGAUCUCUUAAGUUUAGUAUUAUUUAUCUGGGACUACUCCGUGCUCUAUAUUAUCAAUAUCCAGUUAUGCCUGUUUCUCUCUGUUGAGCCCUGAUUGGUUUCCACUAUUUAUUUCUUCAUUAACUUUCUUCAACCAUGAUGUAUGCUUGUCUCUUUUUGUGGGGAUGAGGGUGCUUGCUAAGUGGAGUACCCUGAAGUUCAUAGUUCACAUGAUGAUUUGAUAUUUUCUGCUGCAAUUAACUCCUAAACCACACCAAACACACACCACCUCUACUCCCCCCAUAAAAGGUCUCAUUCAGAGAGUAUUCCCCUUGGUUUCUAUUUUGGAAUGUCUGUUUAAAUGAUUUGCACCACCUGAUUGGAAAAGUUGAUAAUGACCAAAUAAUCUUCCCAUGUAUAUUGCCGGAAGACUGAAAUUAAUUCUGUAACUAGUCUGUGUGAACAUGAAAACAUACUUUGCUGCUCAGGCGAGCAAGAAAAGUGUGAGUUACUGGAACCAUCCUAGACUCUGGUUGAUUAAUCCAGAGAGAGAUCCCCUCAAAUAUCUUGCUAGAUUGGUCCAAGGCUGUUGUAUGUUCAGUCGGAAUAAAGCAAUAUUUUGACCACUGUUAAAUGAAUUGAAACAUUUGCUGAAGGUUUAUGUCUUUUUUUUUGGAGGGAAAAAUAAGUUAGUUUUCUCUUAGCAGGUCUAUUUUUGAUGCAGUUGGCACUGUCUUCUUUACCCAUCUUCUGUGGCUAUAAUCUGUCCUGCAGGUUUUCUGUAAAAUGGGGCAUUUAGCUAAUGGGACAGGAUGUGAGGUUACUUGUGGCCAAAUGGAUGCUCUGCCACUUUCAGAUCUCCAGAACAUGGCCCAGUUAAAAGGGAAGCAUCCUGAGGUGGUCUUAAAGUGAAUUAAACAGGAUUAUUACAAUUACAGUUUCUCAUCCAAAAUAGACACUUCAGUAAAAAGACACUGACUGUUAAACAUCUCCAAAUGAUGUCUGAAUUCCUAACAAUUAGCAUUUUAAAAUAAAUUGUCUGUAUUGAAAACACACUGCAGGAUUUCUCUUACUAUUCAAGCAGUGCCUCUCUCUUAAAAGGAUGCUCUCUUAGGGGACAAGGAAUAACAGAUGAGCGAUGCAUUGAUAAUCAUUGAAAAUGUUGGACUGAAUGGCAGGGGAACAUCAAAAAUAAUGUGAAAACUCAAGUCUGUGUUAGAGAUGCUACUUUGUACUCAGCAAAAAGAUGUGUGACUGUUAUAUGUCAACUGUCCUAUUAAAUUUUCAGCAUGUUUCAAUAGAGAGACAUUAAUAUUAACAUUUUU